AUGGCAUAUGCUUAUUUAGCAGUCAGCCCCCCAAGUAUGAUCAGACAGUUUGAAGAGAUGGCUGCAGCAGCAUCUAAUAAGACAUCAUCCAAAAAGGAUAUCAGAUAUCCGGAAAUAGAGGAACAAGCACUACAAUUUAUCUUGGAUGCUUGUGAGUCCAGCAUUUCAAAAUACACCAAAUUCCUUCAGGCAAGCGGAUCUAUGGAUUUGGAUGUGACAUCUCCAAAGCAGCUCAAUCGGAAAUUAUUUUUGAAACAACUAGCGGUAGACUUGUGUACUAGUGAACAGAGGAUAUUGUUUCGUUCCCAGUAUAUAUUGAGAAGGAGGUUAAGGGAUAUAAGGAGCGGUGAAUUGAAAGCUCUGCGACUCUUCGAUGGUUUUAGAAAAUUUUUCAAAUGA